GCCGCACGUGAGCCGGGUGCGGGCCCGGCUGGCGGCGCGCGUGCCCCGCGGGCAGGCGCGGAGCGGCGCGGCGCAGUGCGCGCGGCAGCGGCAGCCGGGCGGGCCGGGGCAGAGCGAGGGCGAGAGCGGGCGGGGGCAGCGGCGGCGGCGGCGGGGGGCCACGGGGCGCCGCACGCCGCGCCCGCGGCGCGGGAGAGGCGGACGCGGGCUGCAUGCGCGCAGUUUCGCUCGCGGAUCGGCCAGGGCGGAUCGCGGCGCCCCGCAGACUCCGCGGCGAGCGGCAGCCAGGCAGCGGCGGCUGUCAGACAUGGACGAGGCAAUCCCGCGGCUGCCAGAGCGGCAGCUGCUGGAGCACAGGGAUUUCCUAGGGCUGGACUACCCUUCCCUGUACAUGUGCAAGCCCAAAAGAGGCGUAAAGAGGGACGAAAGCAAGGAAACAUACAAGCUGCCACACAGAUUGAUAGAGAAGAAGAGGCGAGACAGGAUUAACGAGUGCAUUGCCCAGCUGAAAGACCUGCUGCCCGAGCAUCUCAAACUGACGACGCUGGGGCACCUGGAGAAGGCGGUGGUGCUGGAGCUGACUCUGAAGCACCUGAAAGCGCUGACAGCCUUAACGGAGCAGCAGCACCAGAAAAUCAUCGCUUUGCAAAGCGGCGAGCGGGCCAUGAAGUCCCCGGUGCAGGCCGACCUGGACGCUUUCCACUCGGGCUUCCAGACGUGCGCCAAGGAAGUGCUGCAGUACCUCUCGCGCUUCGAGAGCUGGACGCCCCGCGAGCAGCGCUGCGCCCAGCUCCUCGGCCACCUGCACGCCGUCUCCUCGCAGUUCCUGCCCGGCGGCCCGCUGCUCGCCGCGCCGCCGGGCCCCCUGCCCAAGGCACCCUCCUCCUCCGCCGCCGCCUCCUCCUCCUCCUCCCCGCCCGCCCCCGCCUGCGCGCCGGGCCGCAAGCCCGAGGGCCCGGCGCACUGCGUGCCCGUCAUCCAGCGGACUCACGCCGCCGAGCCCAGCGCCGAGACCGACACGGACACGGACAGCGGCUACGGCGGCGAGCCCGAGGCGCGGCCCGAGCGCGGCGCCGGCGCCGGCGCGGCCGCGGCGGCGCUGCCCGCCCUGGCCAUCAAGCAGGAGCCGUCGGGGGACGAGGCGCCGCCGGCGCCCAAGCGCCUGAAGCCGGACCGCGGCGGCAGCCCGCUGCCCGGCCCGCCGGGGCUGGCGGCGCGGGGCGCGGAGGCGGCGGCGGCGGCGGCGGCGCUGGCCAGGCCCGACGCCGCGCUGCUGGGCUCGCUCAUGGCCCUGGGGGCGGGCGGCGGCGGGGCGCCCUUCGGACAGCCGGCGGCGGCCGCCCCCUUCUGCCUGCCCUUCUACUUCAUCUCCCCGUCGGCCGCCGCCGCCUACAUGCAGCCCUUCCUGGACAAGGGCAGCCUGGAGAAGUACCUCUACCCCGCCGCCCCCAUCCCGCUGCUCUACCCGGGCAUCCCGGCCCCGGCCGCCGCCUCCUUCCCGUGCCUCUCCUCCGUGCUCGGCCCCGCCGAGAAGGCGGCCGCCGCCGUGCUGCCGCCGCCGCCCCACCUCCCGCACCCCUUCGCCGCCGCCGGGCUGGCCGCCGCCGCCGCCGCCGCCGCCGCCGAGCCUGGCGAGGAGGCCGAGGCCGCCGCCGCCGAGGAGCCGGGCGCCGAGGGGCCCUGAGCCGCCGCCGCCGCGGGGGGCUGCGGGGCCGGGGCAGCCCCGCGGAGCAGCGGCGAGGAUGAAAUUUGCUACUCAGUAUUUUUUUAAUGUUUGGCUUUAUACAUGCGUAAAUAUGUUAAGGAAACAAAAAAAAGAAGAAGAAAAGGAAGAAAACAUAGUAAGGAUACUUUUUUUUCCCCUCUCUCUCUCUCUCUCUCUAAGGUAACUUAAAUGUUGCACCUUAUUUCGAAAUGGGUUUCUCCAGUGUCCCCGAGUCGCACCUGGGAGGCUGCACUUGUUGCUCGGGAGCCCGGGGCGAGAGCGCGGAGGGCGGGCGCGGAGGGAGGCCCCGCGCCCGCGUGAGCACUUUAUUGGCCGUGGCCGGGUGACCCUGAGCCCGGACCUGCAGUGCCUUGAGCGCCCGGGGGGGCCGCGGGCUCCAGCGGGAGCGCGGGGUGUGCGAGGGGAAGAGGGCCAGACCCAUUAUGUAACCUUGUGUUUGACGGGGGUUUUUUUUGUUUUGGUUUGGUUUUUUUCGGCUAAGGUAUACAGGUUGUGGCAAGUGCGUUUGUUCUCACCCUGUCUUUAUUUAAUUCAGUACGUUCCCGAGAGGUUCCCCCCGCCCCCGAACCUUGCUGUAUAAAAUGAAUGUUUCUGCACUGAACUACAAAAAAAAAGAAAAAAGAAAAAAAAAAGAAAGCCCCCUCUUUCCCCCCAAGAAAACACAGAGCAACUGACCGGCCUGAGCUCAUUUCAUCCUCGGUUCCGAAUGACACACGCUGGAGGCCGCGGGUAAACACCUCACUUUGCAAUCAGAAACGAUUAGAUGAUGCGGGGUAAGUUUCCUUUAUGGGCGCCCCCCCCCACCUCAUUUUCCAAAUAUCGUGAUUUCCCUUUCUGGAGACAAACCAGAGGCCAGAUAAUCACACAGAUAAAGCUUUUAUAAUAAGGCUUAAACCAAGACCUUGCCUAGAUAUUUUUAGUUUGUUGCCAAGGUAGCACUGUGAGAAAUCUCACUUGAAUGUUAUGUAAGAGGUGAGACACAACAGUCUGACUAGGAGUGAAUAAGUAUCCUGGGUCUGUUAGUCAGUUUGGUGCAUUUGCUGCUGCUGUUGCUACUGUUUGCCUCAAACGCUGUGUUUAAACAACGUUAAAAAAAUCUUACUAGCCUACAGAGUGGCUGUAUGUAAAUAGUUGUUAAUACAUCCAAUUAAUGAUGUCUGACAUGCUAUUUUUGUAGGGAGAAAAUAUGUGUUAAUGAUAUUUUGAGUUAAAUAUCUUUUGGGAGGAUUUGCUGAAAAAGUUGCACUUUUGUUACAAUGCUUACGCUUGAUACAAGCUUAUGCUGUCUUAAAUUAUUAAAAAAAAUAAAUCCUGUCUGCAAGAAACCAGCUGUUUUAGAACAGUUUAGUAUGUGAUAUAUUAGAAAUCAAUCUUUAUAUUCAGUAUUUUCCAGCACUCCAUGAAUUCUAUUAUCUAAAUAUUUCCACACUAUUUUGUGAUUAAAAUUCUUACUAAGGAAUAAAUACUUUAAUACACAAAAUGGGUUGUCUACUAAUUAAAAAUCUUACAAUAAUACAUCAUAA